CCUCAACACUGGAAUGCCUGUGGUUCCAUCACUCGAGCGGCAGCUUCCGGUCCCUGAUGCUCAAUAUCUGCACACACACACGCGGGAUGGAGGAGAUGACUCGUGUGGGGUCUGAUGGUAUGUGUCUCAUGCAGGCGUGUGGGCGUGGCGUACACACCAGUUUCUUGUGGACGAUGGAGAUGAGGUUCUCCUGGUCGGUCUUGCGGUCGCCCGUCAGGGGGGGGGCGAAGGCCGCCACCGGUGAGCGUCGAUGUCGCCAAAACUCCUGAGUGAACGGACAGACAACAGCACACGGCACACCAGAAAGGGUUGUCGGUUCUGUCUUACGAGUUGCAGAUGAUUGCGAGUCCGUGGAGCAGCAUGAACACGGCGCAGUCACACCAGUUGGUCUGCUGCGGCAAAUUGGCCUGAAUCAUUGGCACACACACAGACGGGGGCCGCACACACACACACACACACACACAGAUGGGGCCGCCCGUGUGUCCGUGUGUGUGUGUGUGACAGGGCCCACCUCGUUCUGUUUGGACUGCCUGCAAUGUCGGGACCCUCUUCCCUCUUUCCGCCGUAUCGCUCACGUAAGUAUCUUUUGAUUCAUGGUGCAUGACGGGGUGCGCAGGGGGCAAUCGUGGACAUCGUUGACUUACGUACAUGGAGAAAGUGUAUCGUUCAAUUAUACACACCCACGCACAGUGGCCGGUGCAGUAAAAGCCGAACCAACACAGAUAUAAAGUGUAGGCAGCGAUUGUAUGAAUCGCGGCCUCUUCUUUCAGCCACUUCUCGGCCAGGGCGAAUGUGAUGUUGACGAGCUCGUCGUUGAGCCAAUCCUCAUCCGCCAGACAGACUAUGUCGUACCUGCACACAACAGCCAAUUCGAAACUAACACGUCACCUUCGCGCCCUCUGGCGUGUGUAUGGCGUGAUGUGACGCACCCGAGCACAGGUAUGCCGUUGAAAUGAGCCACUUUGAGGUCCUCGCCCUUCUCGUGUCCUUCCUCCACCAGCUGCAGUGCCGCAGCCGUCUCCUCGUCACUCACAUUCAGAUGCCAGGGCAUCUGCAGCAGACAGACAUCCAUACGGACUGAGGGGUUGGUGUGCGUGUAUUGUUGUUGUGUUUGAUACAGAUGACGCACCUUCGUUUUCUCGCCGCCCUCAUCGCCAACUCGUCGAUCUCCAUCCUCUCAUAAACACCACCGCCCCCGUCCGAGGAAUCCUCCUCUGCGGCGGCCAGGGGGCACCGCGCCAGGUCCUCUGCGGUCUUGACGAUCUCGCCCUGCCGCCCCUUGUUCCAUGGGUCCCACAGCACCUCCUCCCCGAGGCCACCGAAGACGGGCGGCGUCUCGUCCUUCUCAUGAGUCUUCGGGCGGCGGACGGCGGCGCGCUUGGCCUUUAAGUGGGGCUGGUGGUCGCUGCCUGUGGGGCUGGGCGGUGGGAGGGGGCUGCGAGUGCGCUUCUUGCGGUUCUGUCGCAGCACCAUGCCGUGGGUAUUGUGGCCGCUGGCGAAGGGGUCGGGCUCCUGCGGUGGGUUGGGGGGCGAGGAAAGCCGAUAGCGGUCGUGCUGGGAGACGGUGGGCGACGGCAGGAGGGGUGAGGGUACCGGGCUGCAUGAAGGUGGGGAGACAUAGAGAACAAGUUGACGUCUGAUGGAUCGAUGGAUGGUGCUGCCCCUUUGAUCCCUUUGCCCACCUGUGGUCGAUGGUCAUCUUGGCGGGGGGCGAUGCGGUGGCGAUGGCUGUGUGGAUGGGGUGCGUCGACAGCGCCUUGCGCGAGCGGCGCAGUUCCGCCGCCAACGAUUUUUUCACAGACCUGACAGACAGACAGACAGGAAGGAGACACAUACAUGUCGUCGUGCGUCGGUGUGACUUCCGUCCUCGGCUGCCAUGACUGCCUGUCUGUGAGCGUACCCUUGAGCGGUGCGACUGUACUUGUUGUGCUCCUCUGGCACCUGUCUCUUGUCCUCCUUUGGCGGCGUGCUGUUGUCCCCCUGGCUGUCGUCCGCUGGGAAGGACGGCGUCUUGGAUAUCGUCUUGGAUGCCAGUAGGGGCGAGGGGUCGGUGCCAUGCGUCUCGGCCAACGACAGUGUGUCCGGCCGGCGGCUGAUGGGAGGGCGACUGACAAACACACAGAGACAGACAGACAGACAGAGAGAGAGAGGGGGAGGGAGAGGGGAUGAGCAGUGGUGUCUGCUGGCUGCAGGUGCACACACAUACCUGUCGAGCGGGGGUGUAGGGGCUGACACCUGGACCUUCAUCUUACGCAAUUGGUCCGCCAAACGAUCCCUGAAUCAACACACAUGUAUUCACCGAUAGCCGGCGAUGCAGGUGGUGGGUGAGUCUUCCCUUCGGUGCCUACUUGGUGCUAGGCCCAUUGUGCGGGGUAUCCCUGUUGCUGUGGCCGUGCGCAGGGAUGCCCGCAGGCAGGCGGUCCUUCUUCAACUCAAACGGCGAGACACUGAACAAGGACCAAGGCAUUUGCCCAUCCUCGUGUAUCUGCCUCUUUGUGUCUGUGUGUCUGUCUGACCUCGUGGCCUUCGCCUCAGUGUCUUCCGACAAUGUGCCCUCGACGAGGCCGCUGACCAUCCCUGGCCCCAUGUCACACACGUGCAUGCCCUCACCCUCACCGAACCCCGUCUGCUGCCCAUAACCUCCCAGCCCCAUCUCGUCGACACACGGCGUUCCUCUCCCCCCUCUCCUUGCGCACGCGGGGCGCCUUGCCCUUGCCCUGCGGCUGUGCCUUGGACCACUUGCCGCCGGUCCGUCUGCCGGCGCGCGGUUCGUACAUCUUUGCCAUCAGCACACCUACGUGAACGGGGCAGCCCCGG